AUGCAAUUGGUUAUGUUGGGACAGAAAGACAAUGGUUUCUUUUGGAAUAUGAAAUUUGAUGAUGAUGCAAAGCUUGUGGCACUCUUUCAGUGGGAUUUUUUAAUGAAGGAAGAUUUCAGAAUUUAUGAGGAUGUUUUCAUUUUUGAUACAACAUAUACCAUUAGAACACUACAAUGUUUGGAUGAAAAAAAUCCUGUAUUAGUUUUCACAGACCAAGACGCAACAAUUGCAAGAGCAGUAGAAGAGGUCUAUCCUUUCUCAAGGCAUAGGCUAUGCUUAUGGCACAUAUUGAAAAAUGCAGUUUCACACUAUGGAGCAUUGAAGUCAGAUGCAAACUUCAAAGAUGCUUUUAACAAAUGCUUAAUGGGGUGUAGCAAUCCAACUGAAUUCCAGGAAUGUUGGGAAAACAUGGUUGAUGAAUUCAAACUAAAAAGGAAUCAAGCUUACUACAAAUGUGAAUCCAAAAAUAAUGCAAUUGGAUUUGAAGCAACGAAAAUCACAAGUCUACAACAUUUCUUCAAAAUAUUUCAAAAAACUAUUGAAAGAUGGAGAGAAAGGGAGAUAACAAUAGAGUUUUACUACACAACAACCCCAACGUCUGCAUUUAGACUUAUGGGUUUAUUACGACAUGCGUCAGAGGUGUACAUAGCAACAUUAUUCAGAGACUUUGAACAGAGUUCAAGCUGGCUAUCUCAUCUUCAAUUGAACAGGUUGUCGACAUGGGAGAUAAAAAGAUGUAUAGCAUAUAUGAAGUUCAAUACACCAAAUACAAUGAUACUAUACAUGUUGACUGUACUUGUACUACACUUGCAUUCUGUGCAAAAAAUACCAGCCAUAUACAUUCUUCCAAGAUGGACAAAGAAUGCUAAGAAGGAUAUUUGGGAUACACUUUAUGAUAAUCAAUGUCCAUCUACAAGCUUGGAACCCCCCAGAAUAUCUACACUUACGUGGAGACAAAGCAUGCGGCAUAAGUUUUACAAUCUUGUGUUAAAGUCACAAAGCAAUGAAGAAGCAAAAAAGGUAGUAGAAGCACUGUACAAUAAAGCAAGUGAUGAAGUAGGUAAAAUCAUUGAGAGGGCUCGCAAUGAAAUUGAAGCUGCAAUAGAAACAGCAGAAGUAACAACAACAUUACAAGUAACAACACAGGUAAAAGUCCUAGAAAGAACGGUGACAAAGGGAGGAAAGAAGAGAUUGAAAGGACAUUUUGAGACAUCACAGAAGAAAGGAUCUUAG